AUGUACUUGAAGGUAGUAUCGACUUGUAUAUCAGUCGUGGUGCUAGUUUUGUCAUCCUUAGCGCCAUAUCUUGGUUUAAAAAGAAGAUCCUCCGAGUAAGUUUGUUAGAUUUGGUCAUUGUCCAAUCUUAGGUACCUAAAUUCUCCGUUGUCAGCCAUACUUAAUUGUUUUGGAUGUGGAAUCUUCUUGGCGACAUGUUUUCUCGGAUUGUUUCCUCAUCUCCAAAUGAACGAACGGACCAUCAAAAAAAAAUUGAACAUUUCCAUCGCCGUUUCUGAUGAGAAGUCAGAUUUCCGAUCGAUAUUUUUGGAUACAAAUCUAGUUGUUUUAUUUGGAUUUUUGUUAAUUGUAAUCCUCGAACAACUUACAACGAUAUGUAUGAACGAGGAUGACUCUCGUCGGACGAAUGGUGCCAUGAUUUCUCUAUCCAAAAAGAGGACGGAAGUCGGUGAUUCCCAUCGUCAAGAUAGCGAACCCUUGGUCAAUCUAACAGACUCCGAUUCGGAUAAUGAUGACUUUGGAAGGAUCGAGUUCCGGACCGUGGAAGCGGAGAGUCAUGACGCUCAUGCCGGUCAUUCCCACAAUGUAAUCCUUGCUAACAAGUCUACAAUGCACGUUGUUUUGCUCAUAUUUGCAUUAUCGAUUCAUUCCAUUUUCGAAGGCAUUGCCUUGGGGGCUCAGGUAAUAUUUUUUUACAGAAGAAAGCAUAUUGUUUGAAAAAAUAUAUUUAAUACAUUUGUUUUGUUCAGCAAACUAACGAAGACUUUGUGAAGUUCCUAAUAUCAGUGAUGCUACAUGAAGUUCUGUGUUCGUUUGCAUUUGGAGUUAAGCUGGCUCAACAAAACGUAUCUCGGAAUAUGGGAUUUGCUUCAAUUAUAUGCUUAUCUAUGUCCAUUCCAUCGGGAAUACUCUUGAUGGGAUGUGUAAGUUAUCAAGUAUGUACGUAUGGUAUGUUUUUAGCUCUCAUUGUUUGAGCCAACAACAGCAGCGAUCCUAAAAUUUGUCCUGGAGGGUUUUGCCGCAGGCAUCUUUAUCUACGUGGCUUGCAUUGAAAUGCUGUCUCAUGAAUUGGCUGAUGACAGGAUCAAGUUGAAGAAGGCAUUUUCUCUUUUCGCAGGUUCUUUCACUUUCUUCGUCUUUAAUUAUGUUCUACAAUAACACCUGGCGGGUCGUUCUAACCGAUGGUCUCAUUUUUCUGACAAUCUUUUUACUAACAUUAUUUAUAUAUAGUUGGUUUUAAAUUUACUUGUUGUGAUAUAAUAAACCUGGUUCUGGUCGCUUUAUUGCCAUUCCUAAUAAACGUUAAUAUCGAAGUACUGGUGGUCUGUAUAAAGGGGAUAUUUUUAUUUCAGAGGAGAGUUGUAGAACCAUGAAAGAUGAAGAAAUAUUGAAAUGGGAUGAUCUGCCAUUCUUUAAGAGUAUUUAUGAUGAUGCUGGGUAGGGUUUUUAAUUGUGUUUAAUUAACUUUUUCAAGAUUCAGCGAAGUUCCACGUCCAGAAUUUUACGAAAUUAAUUCGCCGUUUGGAAUGAUGACACAAAAGACCCCUUCAAAGUCGAGUAAAAGGCUGUCCCCACAUGACUUUAUUAAUACUGUAAUGUUGAAAUUAUAUCAAGGUUCUCAUUUUUUAGGAGUGUGAUUACUUAUCCAAAGUGUGUUCGGAGCAUUUGAAUUUAACAGUAGCAUUUAAUCCGGCGGCCAAUUUAACUGCCACCAAUUUGUACUUGAAUGAACCGAUCUUUCCUACUUACAACUUGGCUAGUACAAGUCUGGGAUACUGUAGUCUGGAGGACGGAAAGUAAGUAAUCGCUAAGGAUUGGGUUUCUUUGCAGUGUUAUAAACUCGCAUCAGGAUGAGCCAAAGCUAUACGAGAACACGAGUAAUAAAGUACUCAAGGCUUACUUAACGAAUCGGACGUUUUACAUCCCUCCCAGAAGCCGUUUCGUCAUUUCUGACAUCUCCAUUUGUCAUCAUCUUAUUUAUCGUAUGUCAUUCGAGCCAAAAAAAGCAAUGUUUAGGCGGGGAAAGUUUCGAUUGCAUAGUUAUGGAUCCAGCAUGGCCAAAUAAAGCCGUGAGAAGACAAAAAACGUGAGUUUUGGGCGAACGUGGAGCCGAGGGAAAUCCAAUAUGAUUUACAAUUUUUUCCAGAUACGCGGCAGUGACCUUCGAUCUUAUCAACAGUAUUCCGAUCGACGGAUUACUCUCCGAUGAUGGAAUUGUUAUGGUUUGGGUUACCAAUUCUCCCACUGUAAGGAGUUGGACUCAAGAAUUUCUGCAAAAUUGGGGAUUGACGGAAUGCGGAGAGAUCUUCUGGGUCAAAGUAAUGUGUGUAACUAACACAAUUACACAUUUUUAGACUACGAAAGCUGGCGCCCCCGUGUAUUCAUUCAAUCGGACACAUAAGAUGCCUUAUGAGAAAGUGAUCCUUGCUUCGAGAGAACACUGCCGCGAAAAGUACAGUAAUCUCGUGACAACCAAAGUCAUCAUGUCUAUCCCCAACGCAAGUGCCUCCAGGAAACCUCCCAUCUCCCAUAUUUUGAAAGACAAAAUAGGGUGGGCCAAAGGCCUCGAGUUGUUCGGCCGCUACCUUCUGCCAGAAAUGCUGACGAUAGGCGAUCAAGCCAUUAAAUUUCAAGAACAAUGUUAUUUUUUUAAUAAAAAAGCUUCGGAAUAAACGACUGAGGCAGACAAGAGCGGGGGGACAGAACGGCGUUCGUUUAAGCGGGCUUGGGGUUGCCCCCGUCCAAAACAUUGUGCACUCCCGGAACGGCCGAAGGUUGGGGAUCACCCCGUUCCUCCCUUCGCCCCGCCGCGACAGUGCAGCUGGGGAAGAAGAGGAUAAGACCUGA